CGGAACAGUGCGUUCAAGUUGUUCAGUGAUUGCCGUAUAGUAGCACAUCCACCUCUCUCUCUCUCUCUCUCUCCGCUACUCGCGCUCGUUCGCUCGCUCUCGCCAACGCACGCAGACGACAGUCUCCAAUCGGAUCGUCUCGAGUUGUCCACGAGGAAAGCUUAAGUGACCACCACCAAGCGCGCAGUAAAUUGUGCUGAAAUCGCCAACGGAACCAGCGGUAGCCGCGAAGCGAACGUUAAUUUUCUUCACUUGUGUCUAUUUUGUUUAUCGUAUGUCCAUCCAGAAUCUUAAUACAUUUGACCCAUUUGCUGAUGCAAUAAAGGGUGCAGACUAUGAUGUGCAGGACGGUCUCGUGCACAUAAGAAUCCAGCAGAGAAAUGGUCGCAAAACGCUAACCACUGUUCAGGGACUGUCGGCGGAGUACGACCUGAAGAAGAUCGUGCGGGCAUGUAAGAAGGAAUUCGCAUGCAAUGGCACUGUAAUUGAGCAUCCUGAGUACGGCGAGGUACUGCAGCUGCAGGGUGACCAACGAGAGAACAUUUGCCAGUGGCUAACGAAGUCCGGGCUUGCAAAGCCGGAGCAGUUGAAGGUGCACGGUUUCUAAAGGGCACGCACGACGCUGCCUUUAUCGUCGCCUCCUGUCGUGCGUGAAAGAAGAAGAACGUGGAACAAUAGUAGAAGUAAACAGCGAAACUGUAGCAGCAGCAGCGGAGGAACAGGAGAAAGAGCUUUGUUAUUGGAGAAUUUUCAUCCCCCAUCUCAAGCAGCACAUUCCGCCACCGUCGUCGACGCCGCGCACUUUGCUUUUGCUUUCACAUCGACAUCUACCGCGCGCAACGGGUGCCUUUGCCACGACACACUUGUAAAUUCUCACCAGUACUUCAUCUCAGCAACACCGGCUCUCGCUCCAGUCGGAUGUUUCGGGCUAAAUUUCAGUAACUCGUCACUUUUCUCUACACACACCACGUUACCAAAAUCCUACAAACAAACAACGACGUGUUGCCUGCCGUCCUCGCAACGACGCGGGCGGUGUGAUUUUCGUUCAUAAUUUUUUCGUCAGCCUCAUUUCUCUGACCCGCGGAUUGGCAUCAUUACACCAGCACCAGCCUCUCGCCUCUUUCUGGAUUUUGUCUCUCCAAUGAAAGUUCCCACACAAGAAACUACAGCCUCCCGGGAGCAGCAGCGACCACAAGAUCUCCGCCUGUGGCGAAGUGGACGCACGGUUGUCACCGUCGUCCCUUCGCCCGGUGAUUCCUUCCCGGUGUCGGCCGCGCUGCGGUUGACAUCGGCCAUGAAUCACGUGCUGUAGAACGGGAGCAGUGUAGAGCGAGAGAGAGAGAGAGGGGUGUUUGUGUGUUUUUGUGCCGCUGGGAGGAGGAAGGGAGUAAGCCGUCGGCCGAAACAAGACCAGACCAUCCGGAGGAAUUAAGUUGACAACGAACAACAAGGUCAACAUACGGCAACGGCAGAUGUGCGCGCGAACACGCAAUCCUGACUACGAACAGCAGCAGUACCAGCCUUUUUUGGGAAACGGUCAUCAGGGAGGCGUAGCGUGUAACACUUUUUUGUUGUCAUUAUAAAUUGAAAUAAUAAUGUAACGGAACAAAAAUAGCCAAACCCAUACACAAAUUUGACGUGCUGUUUUUUUAAUUUUGUUUGGGCGUGAAUGAAGCUUCAGCGAUGUUUUGCGUACAUUCGAAGUUAAAUCCCAGGGUGUUCUAGUAGAUUGCACUUCUCUGUCUGUCGGAAGUUCCACUAGAAGCCUAUUGCAGCACGUGUGUGUUGUGCGAAAGAACGUGAGAAAAAAUAGGGCACGUAGAAAUUGAAGUUGCACAGAAAAUCGAACAAAUUAGAUUCAUCCACUCUACGCACCAUAAUAGAACUGUUUCUUAUCGUACAUUUUUGUUUGGGGAAAACUGAAAAUUUGCAUGUACGUAGGUAGUUGGAUCUCGUCUCAUUUUUAUUACAAUAGCUGUUCGAUUCACAAAAUCGUUGGUCAUUAUCAUGAUUGUCUCAAAGGGAAGCAAAUCAGUUCGACAACUCUUAGCAACUGCAGUUGAAUGCGUACGCGAUUUUGUACGCACGAACGAAGCGUGAUCAUCUAAUAAAUAACGAACGGUUCGUAAAUCUGUGCAACACUAUUAAUAGAUGUGCGCAUAGGUAAAGUCGCGCACUAGAGAAGUAAAAGACGGUAUAUUUCCAGCAGAUCAGAGUCAUUGUCUCGAACGCGCCUUUUGAUCAGUUGCUCCGAUCGGUUGGCGACGACCGGGAUUGAUGCGGGGUUUAUUUGUGUAUCUUGAGGUUGGAACACAAGCAAUGCCUAAAUAAAUGGUUGAAUAGAUCUAAUUCGAUUGAGACCCACUAACAGCGAAAAUAGCAAUGGUAAUAAAAUCGAUCAACUCUAGCUGAUG